AUGAACGAGCCGGUUCCUCGGGGUUCGUGUGCUGCGGCACCCACUGUCCUGACUGGCGACGAUUCGCAAGAACCUGAAUCUGCGAUGUUGGCUGGAUCCGCUCACGGCGAUGAUCGCGAUGAUGGUGCCACCCGGACUUGCCUGGGCGCAAUUGCAGCUUCUGAUGUGGCCCUCAUGGCUACGGGCGAGAAGUCUGAUGUGGUGAUCAAAUUGCUACGCUAUUGUAUUGACGGAGGCAUUGCCCAAGGAGAAGGCAACUCCAUUUUCCUCCAAUUUUCCCAGCAUCCCGAGUGGCAUAUACACCACCUCGCUACCAAGAAAGCCUCAAUUGCUUUCGUCCCUUCUCAUGAAUGCGGAGACGAGAAAACGGUCCAGGUAGAUGAAACCAAAGCCGGCCAUCAGGAAACCGUGGACAACACUAUCCGAGACAGAGACGGCCACACGCUCCGGCUCUCGACCGGAAGCCGGGGCCGCGCAACCUACAAAUUCGACCGGGUCUUCGACCGCUCGGCGACGGACUACGAGGUCCUGCAAAACCUGCAACCGCUGCUCCGCGACGUCGCCCGGGCAGCGGCUGUCGUGAUAUUUACCUACGACCCCGUCAUACAGGCCGCGACCCUCGGCGUCGAAAAUUUACAAGUUGGCCAGGAAGCGGCUGCUCGCCUCGACUACGAAAAGAAGGCCCACGAGAUGAUGAAAACGGGAAACGAUCGGUGCCUUUGCCCCCUCCUCGAUGAGGCCAUCGCGGUAGUGCCCUUCCAACCGAUGUUGAGUUCUCCGAACAAAUAG